AUUUCUUUAAAAGCAAAUAUUCUAAUAUCUCUCUUUCGCAUUCUCGCGCGCGGUUUCUCUCUCUCUCACAGUUUCUUAGUUCAUCUCUGAAAACAAAAAAACAAAAAAAAAAAUGGUUCUCAGCAAGACGAUUGAAGACAGUGGAGAGCACUUGCACUCCACUUUCGCUUCCAGAUACGUUCGUACUCCUCUCCCAAGGUUCACGAUGCCGGAGAAGCCGAUUCCGAAAGAAGCGGCGUACCAGAUCAUAAACGACGAGCUGAUGCUAGACGGCAGGCCGAGGCUGAAUUUGGCUUCGUUCGUGACGACGUGGAUGGAGCCGGAGUGCGAUAAGCUGAUCAUGGAGUCGAUCAACAAGAACUACGUCGACAUGGAUGAAUACCCCGUCACCACCGAGCUUCAGAAUCGGUGUGUGAAUAUGAUAGCCCAACUGUUCAAUGCUCCGGUUGGAGAGAAUGAAGCUGCUGUUGGUGUGGGAACUGUUGGGUCAUCAGAGGCAAUAAUGCUGGCAGGUCUAGCUUUUAAGAGAAAGUGGCAGAAUAAGAGAAAAUUAGAGGGUAAACCUUAUGAUAAGCCAAAUAUAGUCACUGGAGCUAAUGUGCAGGUUUGCUGGGAGAAGUUUGCAAGGUACUUUGAGGUUGAGCUGAAGGAGGUAAAGCUUUCAGAAGGGUAUUAUGUGAUGGAUCCUGUAAAAGCAGUUGAGUUGGUAGAUGAGAACACCAUCUGUGUAGCAGCGAUUCUAGGAUCAACAUUGAAUGGAGAGUUUGAGGAUGUGAAGCUCCUUAAUGAACUCCUUACCGAAAAGAAUAAGGUGAUGGGAUUCGACACUCCCAUUCAUGUUGAUGCUGCCAGUGGAGGAUUUAUAGCUCCAUUCCUUUAUCCUGAUCUUGAGUGGGAUUUCCGUUUGCCUCUAGUCAAAAGCAUCAAUGUGAGCGGUCACAAAUAUGGCCUUGUAUACCCUGGUGUUGGGUGGGUUGUUUGGAGGAGUAAAGAGGACUUGCCAGACGAUCUUAUCUUUCAUAUCAAUUACCUUGGGUCUGAUCAACCUACUUUCACCCUCAACUUCUCAAAAGGCUCCAGUCAAAUAAUUGCUCAAUAUUAUCAACUUAUCCGACUGGGUUUUGAGGGUUACAAGAAUAUCAUGCAAAACUGCACGGAGAAUGCAAAAGUAUUGAAAGAAGGCUUAGAGAAAACAGGGCGGUUUAACAUCAUCUCCAAGGAUAUUGGGGUACCCUUAGUGGCCUGCUCCCUAAAAGACAGCAGCAAACACACUGUCUUUGAGGUGUCGGAGAGUUUGAGAAGGUUUGGAUGGAUUGUUCCUGCCUAUACCAUGCCAGCAAAUGCCGAACACGUUGCUGUCCUUAGGGUGGUGAUUCGAGAGGAUUUCAGCAGGAGCUUGGCCGAAAGACUUGUCUCGGACAUUGAGAGAGUUUUGGCUGAAAUAGACGCACGUCCAAGCCAGGUCUCAACCAUAUCCGCCCAUGUAACAGCUGCUGAUGAAAGCCAAAACCGUGAAGUGAAGGAGAAGCAUGUUCAGAAAAGUGAAACCGAAAUUCAAGCAAGGGUAAUCAACUAUUGGAAGCGGCUUGUCGAUGGAAAGAGAACUGGAGUGUGCUAGGCUUUCAAAACUUGUCUACUGCUGGUAUAUGAUGGAUUUUAAUUUCACAUGCUAUUCCUGGGUAUGUUAGAGUGUCUGUUUUACUUCCGGUAUGAUCUUGCAGUAUCACUUUUCUUUCCUUCUGACAUAUCAUAUUUUGUUACGUAUAUGCAAUAUAAAGUAGUCCUAUAUCACGUUUGAUUGGUGAAUUUGCAUCUCACCGAAAAACUUGCUUUUAUGAGAAGAUUUUAUGAAAAAGUUCAUACAAGAUCUCGAGAGAUUUUGAUUUUAA